UUCUAUUACAAACUGUUAGCAUAAUCAUAGUGAAAGAUCAUAGUGAAAGAUCUGGUUUUCAGUUGAAGCAGUUGAUAUAGUUCUAUAAUCUGCACUUUCUAUUUACUCGCCACAGGUGUAGGCCUGUCAGAUGUCUUGUGUAAUUAGCAUUUAGAUUUUAUUCUUAUUAAUCUUAUACUUUCCUAUUUUCAUUUGUGUAUAAUAUGUUUCCGUUGGUUUCUAAUUGGUAUGGUGGCGAGUUCAAUUUCCUGUGAUUGGAUUAAUGUUUCUAUAUGUACCUUAUCUGUAACAAAGCGGUAGCAUGCUGCCCUGUCUUUACUCAUCUAGACCCCCCACCCAAAGUUUUAUGCUUACUUGUUAUACUUCACGCCAAUAGGGAAAUUAUCACUGCACCUAAUUUAAUUAGUUACGUUGUGGCAGUUUGCUGCUCACGGAUCCUGAGCCAUCAGAAAUAAUUAUAAAGUCAUGUUUUUUAUCUCUGAAAAUUUCAAGUCUCAAGCAUUGUUUUCUUAAAAAUCAAAUGAGAUGCUUGCCAGGUGAUAAAGAAAUAGAGUCGCUAAAGACGCCAACGUCUCAGACUUUUUUUCAGUCCUUUUUCAGAGAGACUAAAAUACGUUAAAUAAACGUUUCAUUGUUAUCUUAGUAUACGCCACAGGCCAAGACGCCCCACAGUCUCCACACAUCAUAUUUGUUAGCUCAAAUCUUUUUUUUUUAAUAAAAUAAUAAAAUUAUAAGCGGCAGGGAAUCCCUCAUCCUGGUUUUUUAGAACACAGACGUAUACUAAACAGAGAAUACUCGAAGGAUACAGAAAAUCCGGAAAAAGUGAUUACGAGAAGGGCAGGUGCUUUGCUGUUACCAGAGAUGGAAGCAGCAGGGAUAUAAAAGCUCGCUGAAAAUGCUAGUCUACAACUUUUCGUGUUACCAUUUAACCAAAUGGGUUCAAGAAGGCCAGAUAACACAAGGAGAGUGUGUCAUUGUCGCUGUGCUAAACGGGAUCACAAUCUUUCCCGCCAUCGUCCUGAAUGCCUUAGUCCUCGUCUCAAUAUGGCGAACACCAGCGCUUCACACACCCUCCAUGGUUCUCUUGGGUAGCCUUGCUCUGUCAGAUUUCGGCGUUGGAAUCCUUGCCCAGCCACUAAUAGUUGUCUCGGCUGCUAUGGAACUCAAGGCUAGCGAGUGGCCGAAGAUGUACUGCGACAUUGCCACCGUUUAUUGCUUCUUUUCAUCACAUUUUUGCGGCGUUUCUCUUCUUAGCAUUACUGCGGUAGUAGUUGAUAGGUUCAUGGCUUUGCACCUUCAUCUUAGAUACAGAGCUAUUAUCACGGCCAAGAAAGUCUCAAUUGUGUGUUGCGGGAUCUGGUUAGCUGCAGUAGAGUUUGGACUAUCGUUUAUUUUAUAUGGAAUACAGAAAUAUAACAUUACCCUCUGCUGUGUUACGGGGAUAUGUGCAGUUGUCAUCAUCGUUAGCUAUUUUAGCAUCUAUAAAAUAAUAAGAAAACAUCGGAACCAAAUCCAAGUAGUUGGCCCAGUCAACACAUCUUGUGAAGAAGACUCCUCCAUUUUCAAUGUCACCUCAAGCUUAAAGUACCGAAAGUCCAUACGAAAUUCCUUGUACAUAUAUUUCGCAUUCGUCUUGUGUUACAUUCCUUGUUUUUUAGCAUUUGCCUACUAUGAUAUAACAGGAGACAAUAAUCGAUCCGCGACAUUUGUGAAAAUUUCAGUUACAAUAGUCUUUAUGAACUCUGGUAUUAACCCUGUUAUCUACUGCUGGAAGAUGAAAGAGCUUCGAUGUGCAGUUCGAAAGACUCUGCCCUUUUCCAAAGAACAAUAAAACUAAGAUUCGCCGGGGAACACUUGAAAUCUGUAACAUAAGUAUUCAUUAAGGAAAUCGCCUUCUCCCUUAAUUAUUGAAAUAAAGCAUGAGCAGUUAGGACAGAUAAAUGUACAUAAUAAAACCACGAAAAUCUCUA